GGUCGAGUUGGCGGCAGGCGGGCGCUGGCUCAGGGAACCAGCCCUAGUGUGUGCUGCUCCUUCUGGGCUGUUACUCUCUCUGUGCUGGGGGCUCUCUCUCACUCUUUCCUCCUUCCCUGUCUCUCACUUACUUCUUUGACAUUAUUACUUCUGACAAUUUUCUUGCUUGGUCAGGUCUAUAAAGGAAUAAAUAUUACAUCAGUUUAACUUCUUCAUCUAGCGGGCAAGGAGGAACAACCGAUUUGUACCCCAAACACCAUUCCUGUAUGAAGCAGUUUACGGCUGUCCUAAGAGUUCUGAUCACCAGUACUAUUGGGGAUACAGACUGAUUGCACUCAGGUGUCACGAUGUCAUUGAAAGUGCAGACGAGUAACAUCACGAACAAGAAUGACCCCAAGUCCAUCAAUUCCAGAGUCUUCAUCGGGAACCUCAACACAGCAGUGGUCAAGAAGUCAGACGUAGAGACCAUCUUCUCUAAAUACGGCAGGGUGGUUGGCUGCUCCGUUCACAAGGGCUAUGCAUUUGUACAGUACUCAAAUGAGAGGCAUGCACGGGCUGCUGUCCUUGGAGAGAAUGGGAGAGUACUUGCCGGGCAGACACUAGAUAUAAACAUGGCUGGAGAACCAAAACCCAACAGACCCAAAGGGCUGAAGAGAACAGCAUCUGCCUUGUACAGUGGCUACGACUUUGACUAUGACUACUAUAGAGAUGACUUCUAUGACAGGCUCUUCGAGUAUCGAGGACGGGUCUCUCCUGUUCCCAGAGUGGUUCCUGUUAAGCGUCCACGAGUGACCAUCCCUUUAGUACGGCGUGUAAAAGCAACACUCCCCGUCAAACUCUUUGCCCGAUCCGCUGCCAUUGCAAACAGUUCUGCCAAAUUAAAAUUGAAAUGCAAUGAACUGCAGACAAUCAAAACAGAGUUGACGCAAAUCAAAUCUAACAUCGAUGCUCUCCUGGGCAGAUUGGAGCAGCUUGCUGAACAACAGAAAGCAUCUACAGAGGUAAGAAAGAAAGCAGAUGGAAACAAAAGUGAGAUCUCUCAAGAGGACACGGCUUCAGAAGCAGAUAUUAAUGCAGAGGAACCACUAAACGGAGAGGAGGGAGACGAGGAAGGCCUUGUGCGGGACGAUUGUGAAGAUGAAUUGGAGAAUAGCCAUUACACAGAUGUGGAGGACUCCAGCCUACAGUAGCCAGCAUGUCCAGCACAGCAGCACUGAAAAGAGGGAGAACAGCAAGAGGUGAAACCCUCCCUUGGCAUGUUGAGCAAGACAAGCAUAACAUGCAGGACUGCCAUCAUCUCUCUGCCUGGUAUUCAAAAGGAGAAACAUGGACUGAUAUCUCCAAGCCGUUUUGUAGUACACAGCCAACUAGUCAUCCCAGUGGAUCUUCAUCAUUGCUCCACACCCCAUCCUUGUCCUACAGACUCCAAGCCCUGUUGCCAGCAAGCAGCACUUCUUCCGUGAUCUCCAGUGGCCAGAUAUUGGAACUGAUUUUAUAUUAGCAGAGGAAGAUUUUAGAUUUUUGUUCUAGCAUCAGGGAGAGACACAGAGUCUUGUUUCUGAGACAGAUGGAGACAUACUAUGUAAUAUUAAGAGACAUAAAACUAUUCCACUAUAUUCAAUUUAUGGUUUUGCAUUUGAGAUCAUGGAUGGGAUAGCCAGGGCUACCUGAUACUACUCCAUUUGCCUCCUAAGCAGCUUUGGUCCUGUACAAUCCUGUGGUACACAGACUAUGGCAUUUGGAGCAUGCCCUUGGUUGUAUGGUGUGCCGUUUGGAAAGAUGGGCAAAGAAUAUAGCUAUUAACAAGCUGUUCUUUACAGAGUAACAACUCAUCUUUAUUCAUCCAGUUUCUAAGCAUCAGUAAAGGUAAGGUAGGUGGUGGGUCUAUGCAGUAGAGGCAGGUGCAGCUUCUGACUGGAGUUAGGAUAGCAGGUAUAAUAGGAAUUACAUUCGGAAUCAAGUGUUUCAGGAUAAAGGAUGCAAUUGAAAUGUCCACUUUAUAGUCCAGCAGCUAUGCUGCUUAUUCAAGUUUCAUAAGCCAUUUAUUUGCUAGAUAAGGUCAACCAUACCUGGUCCAAGGCAAGAGGAAGGAUGAGAUGGUCAUAAGACAAUGGAGGCCCGGAAACUCACAUGACUGAAGCCAAUGAUAGCAGUGCAUGUCCUGUUUGUGAUACAAGAGACCUAAGACAAAAAGUUCAUUUCUUGUCUUUCUUGACAAGACAUCACAACAUCAUCAGAUUCCUUUCUCCCUGUUGCCCCAGUUCUAAACAUCAGGGGUUUUCAGCCCACUCACACCCAUAAAGACAUCAGUAACCAACAGGUGGUGUGUGCAAGUCAUGGAAUUAAAACAUCCUGCAAAGCUGCAUAGUGGCAACAUUUUGCAAUGGUUUCAUCUUCCUUUCUAGGCACAGCCCUCUCUAAGUUAGUUUACUCCUAGUUACUGCUCAAAGACUAGUUUUGCGAAAUCUGUUUCAACAGUAUGACUCAAUUGCUCAGAAAGGGAGGGUAAGAAUCGCAUUAGCCAGCUCAAGGACCUGUGUGAUACUGUUCUUCCAAAGGAUUGCUUAUGGAAAACAUAAAUCCUGACAAGAAAAGUUCCCUUUCCACAGCAGUUGUUCAUAGGAGGAUCAUGGCUUUCAAAGCACAACGGUUUAUUUGUGUUUCUUGGUGCAAAAUGCAUACCAGGGAGUGUUGUUGUUUUUUUAAAGCAGUUUUUUCUUAUGCUUUCUUUUUCAGUUGCUUUUUCUGUUUUGCUUUCUCCCAAAACAUUUGCCCACUGUGUUGCUCUGAGUGUUGUACUGAGCUUAUUUUAGAACUGCUUUCUAGGCUUUUGAGAGAAGCUGCAAUGUUUUGCUAUGACCUGACCAUGAAAGGAAGGAACAGAAAAGGGGCUUUGUAUAUAAAAUCCUGUAUAAUAAAAACAACAAACUGAA